AUGAAAGCCGGUAAUAUUAAUGAGCAAUAUCACAAAAUCAAUUCAUUGAGCUGCACGUAGUUCAAGAAGCUGCCGUUUCGCUUCUUCAAAUUCCAUCAGAACCUUCAUGAUACGCCAGUAGAGAUCGGAUCUCAUCCCCAUACGAUCGAACAUUGCUCCAUACUUCAUAUGGUUUAAUGUCUCUCUAGUAAUAUAAUCCCGUCUCUGUAGUACAUUCGUAACGGAGACAUGAAGAGUCCCUGAUGAUUGCGUGGUCAUUCCUGCUCUAGAUAUUACUCCGUCCUCUUUCAAAUUGAAAAAAUCGAUAUCGAUUGCUUGACCAAUAAAGAAUUCGCGCAGUUCACUGACUGGAUCAUCGGGUUUUAUCGGUCUCCAACAUUCGACACGAUAAUCUGUUCUUCCCGGCCGAAGAAGUGGUGUGAGACUGCCAUAACCAGCCAGAUACUGCCGACCCCAGAAAUCUUCUGA